CUCUCCACGUCCACACGCUACAGACAAUCCUACCAAAGCAAAGGAAGCCAAACUAUGAAGCUUUAGUCUCCAACAGCUGGGCCUUUGUCGCGUUUACUUUAUGUUUUCAGUAUUUUGUGCGUCGUUUCCACUCCGGAGUCUCCUUUACGCACAGGAGCCGUUUGUUGCGCUCCCAAGUGUCCAUGUGGAGACUUCUGCCACAUUUUAAACACACGACGGAGUAGCAUCGGUCGAUUUUUUUUUUAAUCUGCUGUUUGUUUUCUGUCGGGACGGAUUUGUGUAGAGUUAGAGUUGAGAACUUUUUCUUGUGGGGGAGUAGUUUGCAGAUAGCAGAAUGCUGCUCCAGCUCCUCACUCUGGCCUGCGGUCUCUGCUGCUUUGGUUUUACCUCCGUCACUGCAAAUGUACUGAAAGCUGAGGCCUGGUUGCAGCAGUAUGGCUACCUGCCUCCAGGAGAUGUCAGAGCCCAGGCCAUCCGCUCGCCAAAGUCCAUCGAAACAGCGAUAUCAGCCAUGCAGAGGUUUUAUGGAUUGACUGUCACCGGCUCCAUAGACACCAACACGUUACAAGCGAUGAACCGAGCGCGGUGUGGCGUUCCUGACAAGUUUGGCCCUGAGCUGAAAACCAACCUGAGGAGGAAGAGAUACGCAGUACAAGGACUGAAGUGGGACAAGUCCGAGGUGACCUUCAGCAUAGAGAACUACACCCCUAAAGUGGGCGAGCGAGCCACGUUUGAAGCCAUCCGAAGAGCCUUCAAAGUGUGGGAGAGCGUCAUCCCGCUCACCUUCAGAGAGAUUCCCUUCAGCCAUAUCCGAGGGAAGGUCGACAAAUACGCAGACAUCAUGCUGUCCUUCUCAGAGGGCUUCCACGGCGACAGCACGCCGUUCGACGGCGAGGGCGGCUUCCUGGCUCAUGCCUACUUCCCCGGCAACGGCAUCGGAGGAGACACGCACUUUGACCUCGCCGAACCCUGGACCACCGGGAACGUCGAUCAGGGAGGUAAUGAUGUUUUCCUGGUAGCUGUGCAUGAGUUGGGUCACGCUCUGGGUCUGGAACACUCCAAUGACCCUUCCGCCAUCAUGGCUCCCUUCUACCAGUGGUUCGACACCGAAAACUUCCAGCUGCCCGAUGACGACCGCAGAGGCAUCCAGGCAAUCUAUGGAACAAAGUCCGGGGCUCCCCCUCCUCCCCCUCGUCCCACCAAGGCAUCCAACCCCAGCAAGCCGGACCACGGCCCUGACAUCUGUGAGGGACACUUUGACACCAUCGCUACCCUCAGAGGGGAGAAGUUUGUGUUUAAGGACAAGUGGUUUUGGCGUGUGCGUAACAACAAGGUGCUGCCUGGCUACCCGAUGCCCAUUGGUCACUUCUGGAGGGGUCUGCCGUCAAACAUCAACGCUGCCUACGAGAGGGAUGAUGGGAAAUUUGUCUUCUUCAAGGGCGACAGGUAUUGGGUUUUCAGUGAGUCCACCAUGGAGAAGGAUUCUCCAAAGAGCCUGAGAGAUCUGGGAACUGGUCUGCCCAAAGACAAGAUCGAUGCUGCUCUCUUCUACACACCAACAGGACAGACGUUCUUCUUCAGAGGCACUGAGUACUACCGUUUCAACGAAAAGGCUCGCAGAGUGGACAGCGAUUAUCCAAAGCCCAUCAGCAAAUGGAGUGGAGCACCAGAUAACAUUAAAGCUGCCAUCAUGAGUGAAGAUGGAUCGUACACUUACUUCUACAAAGCCAACAAGUACUGGAAGUUCAACAACCAGUACAUGAAGGUGGAGUCCGGCUAUCCCAAGUCGGUGCUCAGCGACUGGAUGGGCUGCGAAAGCGAGGAGCCCAAGAAGGGUCGGAAAGAGGUGAUCAUCAUCGAGGAAUCGGAGAGCGGAGCCGGGCCGGUAGCCGUGGUGAUCCCUCUCCUCCUGCUGGUGCUGGUCGUGGUCACUCUGGGAGCAAUUUUGUUCUUUAGGAAGUAUGGCACGCCUCGACGCCUCCUCUACUGCCAGAGAUCCCUGCUGGAUAAGGUGUAGACAGAGCAACGGGUGACCGACAGACUGCUGCAGAUGGGGAGAGAUGGAGUGAGGGAACGAGGGCCGGGUGAAGAUGGAAACAAGAGGAGGAAGAUGUGGAAGAAAUGUGGGACAGAGGGGGCACCGUGUGUUAAGUUUUGGGUGGUUUGUAAGUGCCACAAAAGAAAAAACAACAACAAGAAAGGCCCUAGAAACUGAAAUCAGGAAAAUGUAUAUUUGUAUGUUAACUAUUUACAUGUACUGUUCAGAGAUUAAGAACAUACCCGCAAUCUCACAUAGAGAGAGGAAAUAUACAAAGACUCAUCAACAGCUUCCCUCCCGCCUCUCUCCUCUCGCAUCCCAGGUAUUAAAAACAUCCCAUCCUUUCCUUUAACUGGACGACUCCAGCUGAACUGCUGUCUGAUUCACUUCUGUGUUUCUGUUUGACUUUUACUCACAAAUUCAUCAUCUCUGUUUUUUUGGGGGUUUUUUUGCUCUGAAGUACAUUUUCUGUUGAAUCCAUCAGGGGUUUUUUUUCAGGGGGAAUUUUACUCUGAAAGUCAUUGUUUCAACAUGAUAUUUGCCCUUAAAUCCAGUGUUUGAUUGUUUUGUACCACUAAGAAGGCCUGGGAAAUCUGCCCGCAAUACAAAAUCCAUGCAAAAUGUGUCCACAUGCACAAAGUGCUUGUUCUAUAAUCAAAAAGUUCCGGAUUUGAAUCAAUUAGUUUGAUUUUUAGACAGUUUUAUUAAGUGUUUCUUCGGUUUGGACAUCUCCUGAACUUGGGUUUGUUGAAUAAAAAUGCUCAUAUUUCUCAAAGUAAGGUUCUGAAAUAAGAAUUGUUUCCUGAUGUCAGAUUAAAAAUGGAUGUUUAUGUUAAAUUUUUAGUCAUCAGGAUGUUUCCUGGGUAAAACUUAAUGCGAUCAGUCCAUAUAUAGUAAAGGCAAAUGAGUCUCUGUUAGCUUGUUUGAAAGAAUUACAUUAAUUUCUUGGUUAUUUCUGACCGUUUGACAGAAGAAACGUGUAUUGUGGUUGAGUAAAUGAAACCUCAAUGAACAAAACUGGGAUGUUAUUCUCAAUUAUUAUCAUUCUGGUAUUAUUCCUCUUUGCAGGGCGCCAAAAAUGUCUCUAGUCAGAAGAAACAAUGCUUUUCUUCACCUUUUGUUGUCGCACAGAUUUGACGGAGCUGCCUACAAUAGCACAACCCUUUUGCACAGUGUUAAUAUAGAUUGAUGCAGAUUUUUCAACAUGCACACAUGAGAAUUGUAAGUCAGAUUUUACAUGAGACAGCGGAAAGACAGUCCUUCUGGUACAAGAACAAGAAUCUUUCCUUGGAUCUGCACAUAUUUUAUGGAACUGCAGCCACAGAUACUCAAAAUUGUAAAAUAAACUCAGUGCAAGCAGUCAGAUGGAAAAAAGAUAUUUUUAAAUGUGAUGUUUUGUCUCACAAAUGACACUUUUCAAAGAUUCCAGUACAAUAAUGUUGAAUGCAACCACAGCUACUGGUCCGAUUGUGUCAGUACGCGGUACACUUUCCAACAAUAUGGUGCAAUUUUUAGUUGUUAUCGCUCUUAUGGGGAAUUGUUGUUAUUAUAAGUAUGAUUAUUGUUAUUAUUGUUCUUUUGGAAAAGUUCUAAUGACUUUUUUUUGCUUUUGUACAUUGUCAUUUGGAGUCCUGCUGGACAGAGGCAUAACAUGACAAUGAUGGAAAUGAAUCCCAGUUUACAUUCAGCGUGUGGUGAAUUAGAUACGAUCAGAGGGGAAAUGUGAGUUCAGGGAGUUUUAUUUUAAUGUGAAACACCCAGUUUUACCCGGAUGGUGGCACAGAAUAACAAACAAUGCUAUUUAUGAACUAUGACACAGAUGGUGCUCAAUGACUUUUUUUUUUUUUUACACCAAAUCAAAGUUGAAGGUGAAUUGAUUUAGUUAAUAACAAUGAUAAUGGUAAUGAUAUUUAUAAUGAUGAUCCUAUCAAUAAAAUGGAAUGAGAUUUUA